AUGGCUCAAGAAUUAGAUCCCGAUGCGUUCACUACGCCUUGGAACAUCACAGAAACUCUUCAUCGAGAUCCUUACUGGGCUAUCGAUCCUAAAAACCCAGCGAAUCUUCAAACUGGUAAGAUUAUUAUCAUCACAGGAGCUAGUUCUGGUAUUGGAGCUGCAGCAGUAAAAGUAUGGGCCGAAGCCCACGCAUCGGGUAUCGUGCUCGCAGCUCGUGGACUCCCAGCAAUGAAUUCCCUCAUUGAGGAACUUCAACCACUUAGUCCUCAAACCAAAUUUCUGGCUGUGAAAGUCGAUAUUGCAAAUGAAGAUGAUGUGAAAAAUCUUUACACAACUGUCCAAAAGGAAUUUGGAAGACAUGCAGAUGUAUUGAUGAACAAUGCCGGAUUUUUGGAAUCUGAACAGCUCAUUGGAGAGACGGAGCCAAGCAGAUGGUGGAAAAUACUCGAUAUCAAUCUCAAAGGUCUCUAUCAGAUGACGCACCACUACAUAGCGUCGCAGCCUACGCCCAAAACUCCCACGGGCACAAUAAUCAACGUUAGCUCUCUAACAGCUGGUCUCACCAUUUCCAGCGGCACCUCCGCAUACAGUAUCUCUAAACUGUGUGACCAGCGCUUUUCCGAGUUCCUCGCCUCCGAAAAUCCCUCUCUCCGCGUCUUUACCACUAUGCCUGGAGUCGCGGCUACCAAGAUGGUGCCGGAUUUUUUGAAGGCUUGUGCGCUGGAUCAUGUGGAGUUGACGGGUAUGUUGGCCCUUUAUUUGGUGCAGGAGAGGGCGGAUUUUUUGAGGGGCUCCAUGGUCGGUGUUAAUUGGGAUGUGGAGGAGCUAGAGGAGUACAAGAAGGAGAUUGUGGAGAAGAAGUUGUUGCAGACUACUUGGAUGCCGGUGUACCCUGUUGGUGGUAUGAAGAAAUUGGCUGAGUUUAGGGAGUAG